ACCGGAGCAUGCGCACAAUAGAAGCUAUGCCCUGCUGUGGCGCCGGGGCUGGAGAUGCUACGACCGGGCGUGCUUUGGCGCCUAAGCCCGCGGCGGCUUGGGGGCUUGGCGGUUCCCGCUGGGAGCGGUGGACGCAGGGAGGUAGCUUCCGGUGUUCCUCCUUCGGGCAGCAGCUCGCCCAGAGCCCUAAACAUCUUCGACCGGGAAUUGAAGAGGAAGCAGAAGAAUUGGGCAGCCCGGCAGCCUGAGCCCAUGAAAUUUGACUACCUGAAGGAGGAGGUUGGAAGUCAGAUUGCAGACCGUGUUUAUGACAUAGCCAGAGAUUUUCCCCUUGCACUGGAUGUAGGAUGUGGAAGAGGCUACAUAGCCCAACAUUUAAAUAAGGAGACUGUAGGAAAGAUUUUCCAGACAGACAUUGCAGAACAUGCUUUGAAAAAUUCCUUAGAAACAGAUAUUCCUACAGUGAAUGUUUUAGCUGAUGAAGAAUUCCUUCCCUUCCAAGAAAACACAUUUGAUCUGGUGGUUAGCAGCUUAAGUUUGCACUGGGUAAAUGACCUUCCUAGAGCACUUGAACAGAUUCAUUAUGUCUUAAAACCAGAUGGGGUGUUUGUCGGUGCGAUGUUUGGAGGUGACACUCUCUAUGAACUUCGGUGUUCAUUACAGUUAGCAGAAACAGAAAGGGAAGGAGGUUUUUCCCCACACAUUUCUCCUUUCACUGCUGUCAAUGACCUAGGACAUCUCCUUGGGAGAGCAGGCUUCAAUACCUUGACUGUGGAUACUGAUGAAAUUCAAGUUAACUAUCCUGGAAUGUUUGAAUUGAUGGAAGAUUUAAAAGGUAUGGGUGAGAGCAACUGUUCUUGGAACAGAAAACCUCUGCUGCACCGAGACACGAUGCUGGCAGCUGCAGCCGUUUACAGAGAAAUGUACAGAAAUGAGGAUGGUUCCAUACCUGCUACAUACCAGAUCUACCACAUGAUAGGAUGGAAAUACCAUGAUUCUCAGGCAAGGCCAGCUGAAAGAGGUUCUGCAACUGUGUCAUUUGGAGAGUUAGCAAAACUGAGUGAAGUCAUGCCACAGGGAAAGAAACAAUAAAUAUUUUAUUCAAUUGUAAUGAAUUCCAAAAUUUUCAUCAGAUAUGAGUAACUGCCACAUCUAAGUUCUUAGAAAUUGAAGCAAGAAGCAACGUAUUAAGCUAUUUGCUAACAACCUAAUACUAUUCCAUGUUUAGUAACUAUUCUAGGUUCUCAUUGUUUCUAUUUAUAUAAGAUGCUAGUGAUACCUAGUGAUUUGGGCAUCUUUGAAGAUUCAGCCUGAAAGCAAAAGAAAUGUUUUCCGGGAGGUGGGGAGAAUCUAGAAAUAUGUGCACAUGUGUAAAUACAUGAUUUGAUAGGAAAA